GAUUUUAGCCAGUCCGGGCAACACCCUUAGAGCAUAUGUGUGUUUGUGGAUGAGCAAGGCGCCAUGUGGAUCACACUUUCUCUGGUCACAGUUGUCUGUUUUUCCACAUCCCAAGCUGGUGGUUUCUGUGAAAAUGUUCUCAGUGAGUGUGUAGAAAGUGGCGCCUCAUGGACACGUUGUUACGAGGACAGAAUUGCAACCUGUAGACCGAGAGGUCGCUCCAUGCCGGGCUUCAAACAUCUGACAGUAGACUCGCUUCAAGAGGCUAAUGUGAGCCCCACAUUUCAACACAGGGUUCACAUCCCGUCCUCAGCUCUGCAGAGAAGCAGAGGAAAUGUGUCAGAGGUCCUGGUGGUGGCCUCUGUGAUUAACAGCACUUAUUUUAAGCUCAGUCCUCCCCGAAGAAGCCGGCUGGGACAGUUUCGCCGCAGAGAAGGCGUCGUGUUCAGGGGCUCGGUCCUGUCAGUGCGGGCAGGAAACGUUAUACUCAGAGACCUCCCACAACCCAUCAAGUUAAUCUUCUCACACGACAAAGAGGUGGAAAAUGGAACUUGUGUAUUUUGGCAGGAAUCAGGGACGGAGGAUGGAACAGGUUAUUGGAGCAUUGAAGGCUGUGAAACCACAAAAACAGCAGAGGAAUUUAUUUGCAGCUGCAACCAUCUGAGCUUCUUUGCUGUGCUUGUGAACCCACAAUUAUCAGUGAGUAAAUCUCACGCUGAAGAGCUCAGCUACAUCACUUACAUUGGAUCAGCACUCUCCAUUGUGUUCACAUUCAUCAGCUUGAUCAUCUAUAUUUGUUUACAUCGACGGCGUCCAGAGAAGGCGACCAGACUGCACAUGCAGCUAACAGGAGCGAUGCUCUGCCUCCACCUCAGCUUCCUGCUGUGCUGUUUCUGGGUAUGGCUGCUGAAUGAGAAUGAGGACAGCUCAGUUUGUCUGGUUCUUGGUCUGUUUUUACACUGGUCUCUGCUGGCCACCUUCAGCUGGACUGCUCUGGAGGGCUUCCACCUCUACCUUCUGCUUUCCCGCGUUUUUAACAUCGACUUCAGGAGAUACCUGCUCAAACUCAGCCUGGUUGGAUGGGGAUUUCCGACACUGGUUGCAGCGAUUUGCGGGAUUUCAGGUGUUUAUGGCAAAUACACUCUACGACUGAGGGAUUCCAAAAUCCCCAAUACAACAGCACACAUAUGCUGGAUGAGCAGCGAGUUCCCGCAGAAGCACCUUCUAGUCAGCUACAUCACAACUGUGGCCUUUCCUUCCUUAGUGGUACUGUUUAAUGCCUGCAUUAUGGGGCUAGUUGUGUUUAAGCUCUACGGGAUAAGAACGGGUACUGGAAGCAUUGGAAACAGGGUUGACUGGAAGAAGAUAAAGAAUGACAAAGGCUGGAAUUUAUGGAAGGACUCUGUCAAAGUGCUGGGCCUCAGCUUUGUGCUGGGGUUACCCUGGGGGUUCUCCAGCACCACAUACAUUUCACUCCCUGGGAUCUACGUAUUCACAAUAUUCAACUCCCUCCAAGGUGUCUUUAUCUUCCUGUGGUCUGUGGCUUUGACCAGAAGGUCUCAUUCUGACAAUAACUCAUCAUAUAACUGUCACAAAAAGACAACCGCCAGUUUAAAUAGCAGCUGAGACAAAUGCAUUAUCCUGACCUACAAACCCAAGUCCAAAAACUCUGAGACGCUGUGUAAAAAGUCAAUAAAAACAGAAUGCAGCAAACAGAAAAUGUCAUAAACCUGUAUCUAUUCACAAUAGAACAUAGAAAAUACAUCAAAACAGAAAAUGUAACAUUUUAAGAAAAAUAUUGGAUAUUGAAUUUGAUUGCAGUCUCAAAACAGUUGGGACAGGGCUGUGUUUACUACUGUGUACUGCACCCUCGCUUCUUCUAAUAACGGUCCAUAAACAUUUGGGAACUGAAGAGACCAGCUGUAUGUCCCACUCUUGUCUGAUAGAGGAUUCUAGUUGCUCAACUAGUUCUAUUUUUCAUUCCAUCCAUCCAUGGUGGUGGUGUUGGUAUUUUUUCUGUGUUCUAAAUAAAAUCAUGAAUAAAAUAUGGGUUUAUGAGAUUUGUUAAUUGAUGCAUUCUCUUUUAUAAACUUUUUGCACUGCAUUUUCCCAGUAUUUUCAAAAUUUGUAUAUUAGGUGUUGACUGAUGCUUGAUACGCUGUUAAAUAUAAUGAAGAGCCAUUUAUUUGUUGAUGUUUUGUCUUGUUUUUCCUUUUUUGUUUUUUUUAAUAUAUAAUUAUUACUGCAGAAAUCAACAAUUUACUUG